CGUUCAUACUUCCUUUACAUAUACUAUAUAUACUAUACUAGAAAUUGACCACCUUAAACUGAUAUACUAUUUCCAGUCACUAGGAGACGCUAGUAGCUAAUGUUUAACAGAAGGAUGCUGCUCCCUGCAGAUGUUUAUACCUGCGUUUUACCCUCCAUCAAAACGCGAAAAGACCAGUUUUGUUUUUUCAGCACCUUAUGAAUUCUCUGAAAUUCGGUGUCUGUCUCUAGUCUUCAGGCGGAUUUCCGUGUUUUUGUCUCAUUUUCAGUGAGGUGGGAGUGGUUUGGGAAACACUCAUGACUGAAAAAACGGCGUAAAUAAUCGCGUUUAUCUUAUUAAUACCAUAAAAUACGACUAAAAUGUGCAGGAAUAUGAAGAAGCUAAUUUUGGCUGUGCUUGUUUUGUUUCUCGCAAACGGUGUGUUUGGUUUUGAGACAAACGGAGUGAAGUCGGUGUUAGUGAUGGAGGGAGAUUCUGUCCCUCUAUACACUUGUCAGAAGGACACACAAAAAUAUGAAACCAUACUGUGGACUUAUGGAUCUGAAGAUGCCGUCAUAGCUUUUUUCAGCAGGGGCAAACCAUUCUCGUUUCCUGAUGGUAAUGAGAGAUUCAAAGACAGACUCGAGAUAGAUUUGAACACCGGAUCUCUGACCAUCAGGAACAUCAGAACCAACCAUUCUGGAGUCUAUAAAGUGGAUAUGACCAGCACAAGUGGAUCCCCAUACAUAAGGAGAUUUAAUGUGACUGUAUCUGCUGUGUUUGAUCCAGAUGCAGAUAAAAUAAUCCAAAAGGUAGUGAGUGAAGGAGGUUCAAUCACUCUGAACACUGAUGUUCAAGUACAGAAAGAUGUUCUGAUACUGUGGAGAUUCGCAGGAACCAAACCCGGCGUAUACAGUAGAAACAGCAUGACUACCAUCUGUAAAAUUGAUGGAGAAGCCUCCGAAGAGUUUUUUGAUCAUGGUGAAAAUGAGAAGUUUAAAAACAGACUGGAUAUGGACAAACCGACUGGAUCUCUGAUCAUCAAAGACAUCAGGCUAGAACACUCUGGGUUUUACAAACUACAGAUCAGCAAUAACACUUUGACCAGACACAGGACAUUCAACGUUACUGUUAGUGCGGUUACGAAAUCCUGUUUACAAGGCACUUGGAUGACCGUCGCUAUAGUAUUCAUGGUGUCUUUUGUGAUAAUGGUGGUUAUUGUGGUUGUUAUACAAAGGAAUGUUUGGUUCAGUAAAGGAAGCACACCUAGCCCUGUGAAAUACGCGAGGCCGGAUGAGAGAGGUGAGUGUUUCUUUCAACAAUAUUACCAAGCUUCCUGUGUUUUAGUAGAAAUGCAUAGUAGUGUGAAAUAUUGACUUUCAUAUUGUCUUAUUGAUAAAAUGUUGUUCAACUGAGUCUUUUCAUGAAACAGAAUAAAUUAACAAAUCCAAAGAACACAAGACCCUUCAGUCUACAGAGUCAAAGUAAAUAUAAAGAGGAGCCAUCUGUAUAAAAACAUGUCUGUAAAAACAAUGUCUGUAUAAAAACACAUCGUCAUAGGAGUUUGGGAAACAGACUGUUGCUGGACAAUCAGACUGGAUCUUUGACCAUCAUAGACUUUAAAACUGAAAACACUGGAAAAUGUCAGCUGCAGAGUAAGGGUUGCUGGAAAUGCAAAGUUUCUGUUGUUGAUGAGAAGUGCAGCUCCAGUUGCAUGAACUGUUUGGACUGGUCUUAGAAAGCUGGUCUUUACUUUUUCAGUUUGUUACACAAGUCGACUGGUCUGAUUUGAAUCUGAAAAGUUAAGCUGCAUCCCAAAUCGCAUACUUAUGCACUAUUCUACGCCAUUUUGUAGUAUAAGUAGUGUAAGUAGUGUGUUCACACU